UUCACUGAGGAGCCGCAUCUCUAGAAAGCAGGAGAGAAACCAAGACGUAUUAAUUUACGUGUAAAUUUAUUGUCAUAUCACAGGAAAGUUGGACUAGCUGCCAAUUGGCUGACUGAAAAAUCCCGAGGAAUAGCAAAGAACCAAAGCCGCCCCAAGAUGAGCACAGCCACUGAACAAACACCGCGCACUGACAGCGCCGAGAACAACAGCUCGGAAAGCUCCUCCCAGCCACAGCAGGAGCAGCAACAGCAGACGCAAUCACAGAAGCCGCAUCUCAAGCUCUUGCAACAUUUCCAAACAAACCGGAUCGACUCUGCCCUGUGGGCCCUGCGUCUUCUGGCUAUUUUCUUCACCAUCAACUAUGUUCUGCCCAUUUUCACUUCACAACAGAGCUCCUUCAGCAAGGUUCUUCUGGCCAAUGCCGCCAUCUCAGCGCUGCGUUUGCACCAGCGCAUACCCGCCUUUUCUUUCAGCCGCGAGUUCCUCGCCCGUCUGUUUGCCGAAGACUCCUGUCAUUACAUGAUGUACUCGCUGAUCUUCUUCAACAUUCGACCAUCGUUGCUGGUUCUGAUUCCAGUUUUGCUUAUCUCCGUCUUGCAUGCCUCCAGCUACUCGCUCAAACUUCUUGAUCUUAUUGGUCAGAACUCGUGGUGGGGGGCCCGUUUCAUCAUCUCUAUCGUGGAAUUCCAGGCCGCCAAUAUUCUCAAGGCCACGGCUUUCUGUGAGAUCUUCAUUAUGCCCUACGCCAUUGUUUUAACCUUCAUGAGCCACGCUGGUCUGAUGACGCCCAUCAUCUACUACCACUACUUGGUGAUGCGUUACAGCUCGCGCCGCAAUCCUUAUCCUCGCACCGCUUUCGCCGAGCUGCGUAUUACCUUCGAGACGCUGGCCGCCCGUUCUCCGCCCGCUGUGGGAAAGAUCAUUCGUGGAGGUAUUGGAUUCGUGAGUCGUCUGGCGCCGCAGCCACAACCGGCCCCGGCUCAACAGUAAUUGAAUAAAUGUGGGGGGAAAUAAAACAAUCAAAUAACAUUUGUAAAAUCACUUCAAAUUCACACACGCUCACCUACGAGAUCGGUA